AUGGGCAAGAAGGUGCCACGUCAAGAGCAACAUCUCCCAAUCAACAAGGUUCUGAAUGAUCCUGGCUUGCAGGAUUUGUCUCCGUCAAUGCGAGACUAUAUUGCUUAUUUUGAGCAACAGUGUUGCCAGGAAUACGUGCUAUAUGAUUUUGAGCGGGCAAAUCCGUUCAAGGAGUUCAUUCGAUUGAUUCCAUCAUGUCCGGGAUUAUGCCACGCGGUGGUGUCAGUUGCAGCUCUACAUCAGGCCUUCCGAAUCGCAUCAGCUCAAUGCAACGAAAAGUCUAUGGCAUACAUGUCGAAUCCAACUGAAGUACAAAUAUCACAAUGGGUUGAGCAGGUGCACCAUCCUCACCAGCUGCCAUCAUAUCACGAUGCUCUUUACCACAAACAGCGAACUCUCAGCUUCUUGAGAAGCGAAGCAUAUGCGGGACGCUUCAGUAAUCCGGACGGUGUCAUUGCAUCCAUGAUAAUGUCCAUAUGGUUCGAGCUCAUGGAUUCUGGACGAGAUACUUGGAGGUACCAUCUUCGUGGACUGAGAGAAGUGAGGCCAAAACGCGGCUUAUCCCUCCCGCUCUUCAGGGAUGGAGAAUUGACCGCUGACUUGCCUCAAAUGAGCCAAUACUUUGACACGAGCUACGCGAUUUUUGAAAUUAUAGGGUCGACAUUUGUGAAGGCCAAACAGCCUUAUCAGCCGCUCUUCUCGAUGUCCCCUACUCUCGACAUCUUGAAGCGUUCUGAGUCCCAGACAUGGACCGGGUGCCCCGCAACCCUUCUCUACGUGCUUUCUCUCGUGAAUGCGGCUGCUUCGAGCUCUCACGAAAUGCCACCGGAUUUGAUUGACACCAUUUUCUCCCAUCUGCGGAACUUCUCUCCAAUGAAGUGGGCAGUUGCGGGUGCGGAAAUUCACUACAUGAAACCAAGAUAUCAACUUGCCUGUGUCUGGCAAGCAGCGGUCGAGAUAUACGCGCUGCAACUUCUCCCAGUUCCUUUCGAAAGCGAUGUUUUCAACGAAGGGAGAACCAGCAAUUCACUGGAUUCGAUCCUUCACCAUCUCAAAUCCAUGGACCCCGCGGAUGUCCAUCUCAAAGGCAUCCUAUGGCCUGCAUUUGUCAUUGGCGCCGAGGCACAAACAAUGUCUCAAAGGGUACUCAUUACUGAUGUGCUUGGACAUCUGUGGACACUAUGGCGCUGUCACAAUGUGACGAAUGCCUUGAAGGUGCUUGAGAAGAUUUGGGCUCGUCGAGCUAUGGAAGGGUCGUCUCGACGAUGGAUCGAAUAUGUCUAUAAGUGGGGUGAAGAUUGGAUGUUCAUAUAG